UUAAAAUUGCCUUCUGCUUCCUACAUUAUAUCUGCUUCCUCCAAGCUCCUUUCCCUUUGUUUUCCCCUCGGGGGGCUUCCUCGAUUUCUGGUACACGGCCGUCUAUCCGUGCUUAGGGCAAGGCACUCACAGACUCACGCAGGCGCCAGGCCGUGGGCCAGGCUGUGGGCCGACGUGUAGACAGGCCGCCUCACCGCGGGGUCAUCGGCGUCCCCCUGGACUCUUGCUGGGGCACCCGAAAGGGCAGCUGUUCGCACGUGUUCUGUCGCGUGCCGUUCAGUUACUCCACGGGAGGACUUUCCGGGCCCCUGCCCAGUGCAGGUAUUCAGAGAGCAAGUUAGGGGGAGGACACCUCGCUGAGGAGGGACGACCACGAAAACACAGGCCUUGGCUGAAAGGAAGGAAAGCAAGCAGAGGAAAGCGAAGUGUCGCUUCCUAAGACUCUUGCGUCUCGUGUGUGGCUGUAAAACAAAGUGACUGCCGCCCAAGGUAAGAAAUCCAGUUUGGAAGCUACGCUGGGGGCCGGGGGCCGAGGGUGCGGCCGGUGGUGGCAGUAAAAGCGUUUCCAGCUCUGCGGGGGCCACGCCUGGUCUCCUUCCGGGCAGCGGCGUCCUGAGGUGCGAGGUGCAGGUGCGGGCAUCCUCAGCCACGGUUUACAGAUGCGAAAAUCGUGGCUCCGAGAGGGAGAGCGACCUUUCCCGAGCCUGCGGAGCCAGUCGGUAGGGGAGAGCGGGGAUCCGGCUCCAGGUUUGUUUGACUUCUGCAGCUUACCCUUGUAAGCAUUGUGCUCAAUUGGUUACACUUCAGAAACUCUAUUUUGUGUCUUUAAAAGUUUGUUGAUUGCCAAUAAGGUUUAAGGCCUAGCAAGUCCCUUCUUUGUUUCCAAAAAUAAAGUAUCUAAAAUGGAAAUGCGAGAGACCUGGGCCCAGAGUGUUUGGACUUAGACUAUUUUAUUCUGCCAACUAAGUAGCUUUGUGACCUUGGGCAAAUUACUUAACCUCUCUGAGUUUUGCCUUUCUCCUUUCUGCAAGAGGCAGUUUGUGUCUGCCUGUUACUGUUACUGUUAACUUCCACGGAAAGGAAAGUCUCUAUUCGCAGGGGAGGAGGAUUACUGGUGGAAGGAGGGCCUGCUGCCACAGCUGUUGGCGCAUGAGCAGUAGAGUACUCCGUGGUUGGCAGCACGUGUAGUGGGUCAUUCCCGAACUGAUCGGCCACACCGUCGUCACCGUGUUAAUGCUCAUCUCAUUGCACUGGUUCAUCUUCCUUCUCAACCUGCCCGUUGCCACUUGGAAUAUAUAUCGGUUCAUUAUGGUGCCGAGCGGUAACAUGGGAGUGUUCGACCCGACAGAGAUCCACAAUCGGGGUCAGCUGAAGUCGCACAUGAAGGAAGCCAUGAUCAAGCUUGGUUUCCACUUGCUCUGUUUCUUCAUGUAUCUUUACAGUAUGAUCUUGGCUCUGAUAAACGACUGAGGCUGCGGGCGCCGCGUCCGGAGCCGGCCCACACCACCGUGCGUCGUCGGGGAGCCAGAGACCACGUGGGUCAUCCUGAGAACCGUGACCAUAGCAGUAUAUUUUUUCCUCUUUGAACAAAAUAAAAUAUUUUUGCUGUAUUUUUACCAUAUAAAGUAUUUAAAAAACACGAAUUGAGUUCUUGUAGAUUUCUGGUUCUCCACGUCAGCCUGAACCCCAGCGCGUGGUUUUCAUCGUCUGUAUGUCGAGGACUGGCAUUUGUACGUAGUGACGGCACGGCCGCCCCAGCCUUGCCCGCCGCAGAAACACAGGGAAGCCUGUGGACAGCAGAAAAGGCAGAGUGCAGAGCGCCGCUGGCCACCCAGGCAGAGGAGGAAAGUGUUGCCCUUUGGCCUCUGUCGAGGCAGCUUCGCUACGUUCAGUAUGGUUUAAAGGUUUAUGGGACUGUUGGCUGAGUUUUCUCACAAGAACGUUAACAGAAAGUGACAUUUCAAAAAAUACGUAUUUCUUUGCAGAAUCUGUGAAACCUUAUAAGCCAUUUGCCCAGGUACAGUGUAAUUCCCGCUUCUAGAAAGGAAAAUAAAUCAAAAAAGCAAAAUA